CGUCAUGCUGACGUUUAUCAUGAUCGGCUCCGUGGUAUCCCUGGUGGUCAUCUUCGACGCCGUUUCUUUUCCAAUGGCCUGCAUCAGCGUCAGGUUGCCGAACCUGCUGUUCCCCUGCUUCGUCCCGAGCAUGGAGCUGCGACACCACCUGGUCCUCUUGGCGGCAUUGGGAAUCCCCACGCUCUGGCUGGUCUUUAAGAGCCACCAGCACGCCUGGGUCCUGCAGAACUUUAUCGGCGUGAGCUUCGCCCUAAACAUCGUUCGCUGCGCGCACCUGCCCAACUUCAGGGUUAUCACAAUGUCCUCUAUUCUACUCUUCUUUUACGACAUAUUCAUGGUGUUCGUCACUGGAUACCUUCAGGUAAGCGCAAAUUACGUGUGGCAGGUAUUCACUUUCUACUUGUAUGGAGAAAGUAUAAUUGUUGAAGGUGCGCUCUUCGUAUAA